GCCGCCAAUAAACAAAGAAGAUACACUUCCAGGUCCUAAACAGAACGUGGUGCUGUGUGUUUUGUGUGACCGUAAACAUUACAUGUUUAACCCUGCGAUAAGACGAUUAGCUUUGACUGCAGUGAUCCAGAAGAAGCCAUGAAGAAGAGAGUUCAUUACAGAGAAACAUCGUUGCUCAGUCAACGAUCAUCGGUAUAUGCUGUCGGUCAGGUAUCAGGCAGUUUGUUCCAUCACAGCUCUGAAGCGUCUGAAUCCUUGUCGGAAUUAUUCGGGACUGCGUUACCAGCUUCUUUUCCUCUGUGUCAGCCCGUUUCCAAGCUUAAUGAAAAGAGCACAGAAAGGGAUGAGCAGCAGAAAGGUAGUUUAGAAGUUAAUGUGGAAGUCAAGCAGAAGACCAGGCACCCCAGGAAGACAUCAGUGGCUGAGCAGGAACUGCUUAACAGAGAGAGCAGUUUAUUAAGAGGAGACAGUGACGAGCAUGGGCAAGAAAAGUCAAUGAAGAAAAGGAGGAGAGCAUCAGAGACGGGCAGAGAAAACAGUGCAGAGAACUGGGUAAUGAAGCGACAGAGACUGAACGUCAACAGACAAAACGAAGCCUUAAAGAUGAAAAGGACAGUGUUUGUUGGUAACCUCCCAAUAAGCUGCACAUUAAAGACCCUGCGAAGACUCUUUAGAGAUAAAGGACCGAUUGAAUCUGUUCGGUUUCGCUCUGUGGUCAGAGAGGAUCCCUCCAUGUCUCGCAAAGAAGCAACUAUUAAACGCAAAGUUCAUCCCAAGAAGCAAAGCAUAAAUGCUUAUCUGGUGUUUAAAAAUGAAGCGGGAGUUGCUAAAGCUCUGGAGAGGAACGGCAUGGAGAUUGAGAAAGGCUUUCACAUCCGAGUGGACAGAGUGGCUAAUUACUCAUCACAUGAUCACAAGCGCUCAGUUUUUGUUGGGAAUCUGGCAUUUGAUAUCAAGGAGUUUGCAUUUCGAAGGCAUUUUGAAGAGUGUGGAAAAGUGGAGGCAGUGCGACUAGUGCGAGACCCAAAGUCUGGACUCGGGAAAGGAUUCGGCUACAUCCUGUUUGAGAAUGUGGAUUCGGUACAGAUGGCGCUAGCACUGAAUGGCUCAAAGCUGGAGAGUAGGUCCAUUCGUGUAAAGAGAUCGCUGCAAAAGGAGAAACAGAAGAAUAAAACCAAUGGCAAAGGAACACUGAGGCACUUCAGCCAAAAUGCUGCACACAAUUCAGGAGGGGUAGAGGAACCUGGUCAAACAACUUUAAAAUCCAAACCAAAUAAUCUCUACUCUUUUAACGGAGAGAUGGUGGAUCCAAACAAAAAAAAAAAGAAAGCUCUAAAGAAAAAAAAAAAAACGAAAAAAAUACACAUCCAGUGUCUGAAUGACUGACAAUAACAAAAUACUUUCCUUAAUUACACCAAAAUAAACUGAGAUUUUUCCUAACAAACAACUCUUAUGCAAUGCUCUGUCUAGACAAAUGACUUGAAAAUGUAUUCUCAAAAUACAAAGUUUGUGUGAAUAAAUUUAAAAAAAAAUAUUAAUCAUGAAUUGUGCUUGAAUAAAACCAUUUUGUCAAA